AUGGCUCUUGAACAGAAUCCGAAUUUUCAACUCACGAAGUUUAUUCAAUUUUAUUGCUUGGGGAUUAGAAAUGAAAGAUAUGAUGUCAUUGAAGAAUUGUAUAAGGAUGUCAAUUCUGAAAAGGUGUGGAAGCAAAUUAUUCCUAUUGUCAUUUAUUUGAAUUUUCCACCAUUGGAAUAUGUGGAAUCAUUGGAUUUCAAAAAAGAUGUUGUUCCAUUAGAACGAAAAUUUAGAAAAGCCUAUCAUUUACACACUUUCUUUGAUUAUGAGGAUUUUCUUUUCAAAAUUGAUCGAAUUGUGGAAAUGUUGACCAUGUUCGUGAAUUGUGUGAGAAAUGAUAUUCAACACCAGCAUGCCACUCUCAAUGAUAUUUCUUUCAUUGAGUUGAAUUUUCCAAUUUGUAAUGAUUACUCCAUUAACAUGACAUAUUCUCAGCUGACUCAAAUUUUACAUGAGGCUGAUAAAGUGGUGGCUGCUUGCAUGAAAUUAUUCCAUUGGAAGGCAUACAAAAAUUCCUACUUUGAAGAAAUGUAUAUUGAAAUUCCAGAGGAACUUCCAAGAAUUAGAGAGAACUAUCAACUCUGCGUUCAGCUUUGUAGCGCUUUAAAAGAAUCUACGGAGAAUAAUCAAGAUGACUUGAAUAAUCUCUUUUCCAAACUAAACUGCUAUUACUGUGACAAACUAUCUGCAGCCUGUAACUAUUCGAGACAAUUCUUCAACAAACAUGUCGUUUUGCAUGCACUCCAUAACAGUAGUUGCCUCUCACAGGAUGAUUAUGACAAAUACGAUCAAGAAAUUAUUGAGCGUGCAAUAUUUGCCAAUGGUGAAAAUUUGACCCUUUUACCUUCAUACUUUCAACAGGAACAAAAUGAGGACACACUAAUGACAGCACUUCGGAGGGGAUUACUUUUACACAAACUCUUAUCCGACAAUUAUGUGGCUGAUUCGCCCGAUAGUAAUUUUUUGAAAAGGAAUAUAUUGUUUUUUAAGGCAAUGGAUAUAAUGUUGAAAGAUAAGGAUUUUGCAUUUGAUGUUAUCAAGACACUGGCACGAGAGAAGAAGGGACUUAACUGUGUGGCUUAUUAUGUCAAGAGACGUCUCAUGAGUUUGGACAAUGUUGUGGACUCAUUCAAAUUUAACAAGAACAAUAACUGUCUCUUGUUUGAUUGGGAAAUGAUGUAUUUAAUUCUACAUGCUGACGCACAUUCAUAUCGACCAACCAUGUAUUACAGGUCACAAAAUACACAUGCAACACAUUUUGUGAAGGUAUUGAUGAAAUUAGAAAAUGACACCAUCGCUAAUAUCAACAUAUCUAUUCCAGAGCUUCCUCAUGACAUUAGAAAUUAUAUUAUUGAACAUAACAAGAAAUUCUUUGACGUAUUGCUUAAGGAAGAAUUGAUUUCAAUUAGGGAUUACAGAGAUGUCUAUGAUCAUGACAACGAAGAGUAA